UGUGACACAGGGACCUGAGCUCAUUCUAAACUCAAGAUGUAUUUGGACCGCAGACACUCGAUACUCUAUUAAAAUUCAACAUUCAAAACAGUGUCCUGUGGCUAUUGCCUCCUGCCUGAGGAAUUUUAGUAUGUACAUGUGGACUUUACUUGUAAGGAACCGCAUUGCACUCUGGGAGAGAUUGCGAAGCUACGUUGCCAGACGGAGGCGAGGUGUUCCAAUUUGGCUUUAUUAGUGUCCCAAAUUCAGUUCAAAAAUAGAGAGAAUACAGCACGAUGGAUGAUACCAAUUCUCCGGGAGGAUGGGGCAUGACUGUUGCCCUGGGGUGUGGCAUUAUCUUACUCGUAUACAUAUACAACAGCUGGUGGGAACGUCGACUGAGAAAAGAGGGAGUUCCUGGACCUCGAGGUUUACCUAUCCUAGGGUGUAUCCCUCAUGUAAUCCGGAACGGCGAACAGGAGUCUGAGGACGGCUGGCUAAAACAAUACGGUGAUGUAGUUGGAUGGGCUAGUGGCCAACAAGUUAAUGUUGUGAUCAAGGAUCCCACUUUACUAAAGGAGAUUUUUGUCAAAGAUUUCUCCCACUUCAACGGCAGAGGCUUCAAUAUCAGUGGACAUCCAAUUAUGUCCAAACACGUGUUGGCUGCCGGCGGGAAGGCCUGGAAACGCAUGCGAGCCAUAUUAUCCCCUACGUUCAGUACAGGAAAGAUGAAACUCAUGAAUGAGGAUAUCAACCGAUGCUCCAAGACACUCGCGGCUAAUCUAGAAGACGCAGCCAGGACCGGGAAAGUCAUCAAUCCUAAAGAGUAUUUUGGAGCCUUCACCAUGGACGUGAUAGCUGCGACAGCCUUUAGCCUUGAUGUUGAUUCACAGACCAACAAAGACGACCCGUUGGUCAGGAAUGCCAAGGGACUUUUUGUUCCAAGGAAGAGUUUUCUCUAUAUAGUUUUACUCAGCACUCUUUUCCCGCCAUUUAAAUACCUGUUUGGUUGGUUACAAUUGGGAUUUUUCUCCGGGGAAGUCAUAGAAUUUUUCAUCCGGACGGUGAAGACGAUGUUGAGAGAUCGGCGUCAAAACCCAAGUGCAAGAACAGACUUUCUACAACUUAUGAUGAACGCUGAAUUGGAAAACACGACAGAAAACAGCGAUCUCAUAGCUAUGAAUAAAACACUAUCGACGGAGGAGAUAAUCGCAUCAUCUGUUUUAUUUUUUCUUGCUGGCUACGAAACUACGGCUACACUUUUACAAUUCUCUGGAUAUGAGCUGGCAGUGAAUCCGGAAAUACAAGAGCGCAUGCUUGAGGAAAUACAAAACGCUCUAGGUGAUGAAGAGCCUGUGUACGAAAAUAUCCGCCAGCUGACCUACAUGGACCAGGUUUUCUACGAGGUUCUCCGGAAGUACCCGCCUUUCAACAGGUUAACAAGGUCAGCUUCAGAAGAUCGGGUCAUCAAUGGCAUCACCUUUAGGAAAGGAUACCGAAUUGUCAUUCCGGUGUCUAAUAUACAUCACGACCCAAAGUUUUACCCGGAACCGGAAGCGUUCAAACCGGAAAGAUUUGCCGACAGGGCUGCUCAGAACAGCGUGACAUUUCUCUCGUUUGGAUUUGGUCCUCGACUCUGUCUAGGAUUGCGACUAGCUAUGAUGGAGGCGAAGAUCGCCAUGGUUCACAUUCUGAGGAAUGUCAAAUUUGUCACAUGCGCAGAUACUCAGAUCCCGCUACAGAUCUCCAGCAGACCCGGACUUACUCAGCCAAAGCAAACCAUAUCUUUGAUGGUGGAGUCAAGGAAUUGAGCAUUAUCAUUGUCUUUUUAAAACUACGUAACUUUAUUUUGUACGGAACUGUGGCCAAUGUAAUCGGUGCUCCACACGGCAAGUGCCCUGGUGUCAAUUAGUUUGAAUGGACGAACAAAAAGACAAAACAAGACGAAAAAAACAACAAACGAAAGAAUUACUGAAUAUCAAUUUUAAGCUUUACUAAAAAGACUGGUGACCAGUAGUGAUGUUUUUUUUCUUGCUAAAAACUAAGUAUAUAUGGAAUUGCUAAUUAUA